AUGGAGGCGUUGGAAACGGCAGCGGUGCUGUUGGUGGCGGAAGGCCCAUCCAACCCACAGCAGCUGCAAUGCGCCCGUCAGCGCCAGAGAAAAUACCACUUGACAGUCCUGGAGAAGGACAGAAUUUGUGAUACAAUAAAAGAGGACAGGCCUACGUACCUCAUCGUCCCAGAAGACGUGUGCCCCGGAUGUUCUGACAUCGCAUCGUAUAUAAGCAAAGCAACUGAAGGGCCGAUCAUGUCAAUAGACCCUGGUCAAACAGGAACCGGGUCCCGAGCCUUCAAGAUGUAUCCGAUGGCAGACGAUAUGAACGAUUUCUACAUGGACGUUUUGAAGUAUUACAAAUGGCGCAAAUGGACAGUCAUUUAUGAUCAUGGCGAAAUGUUUAAUAACUUCAUGCCAAUCAGGACCUGGGCUUAUUCGCAAAAGUUCAACGUAACUUAUCAAUCGUUUGAGGGAGACAUGGACGCUUUGGCGCAGGCGAUUCUCAGUCAGGAUAACGUCAAUAUAUUUCUUUUCACGGCAACUGAGAAGGCGAGUCUUGAUAUCAUCAAAGGAGGACUUGAAAGGGGAAUACUGACAAGAAAGUACCAUUGGAUUGUGGGACAUUUGGAUGUAGUAAUACAGCGCAACCUUAGAGAACGACUGAAGGACCAGGGGGUGUACCUGACUCGUUUUAUGAUGAACUACACGACAGAGUGGCAGUAUUCGCUGCCAUCAUUCAGCGAUCAACAAGCCAUCCUUCACGAGUGGCCGCUACAGUACAGGCUAGCAUACGAUGCCGUUCUGACCACCGGUUAUGGAUUGAGAAAAUAUCGGGAGGACCAACUGAAUCAUGAGCCCUUGAAUGUGUACACAUCUGCUGUGAUUCAGCCAUGUCCUUCCAGCUAUCAUACCAGUAAACCAAAUGUAAAAAAGUUAUACAACGAUACUAGAUAUUAUAAUUUUGAAGGUCUGUCAGGAAAUAUUGCUUUUAACGAAAAUGGCGAUCGAGUUAACUAUUCUCUGAUGGUUCAAAGUGGUAGAGGGCGGGCUUUGGAUCAGCUACUUGGGGAAUGGGUUCAGAACCCGGAGCACUGGGAGAAACGGUUUAACAUGAAAUGGGAAAGUUCAGGCCGUUUUAACACAACACGAUAUGAACAAGGUGGAAGACGAACGUUGAAAGUAGUUUCAAUAGAGGUUCCGCCGUUUCUGAUGAUGAAGAAUGAUCCAAUAUACGGUCCUAAACGAGAGACUCAAUCGUUUGAAGACUACAAAGAUUAUGACCGUUAUCAAGGGUUCAUUGUUGAUCUAUUGGAGGAAAUCAAGAACACGGCGAAGGGGAUUGAUUUUGAUUAUGAUAUUGAGUUGGUCCCGGAUGGCAAUUUCGGAAGGAUAGGUCUUUAUAAUAGAAUAUGGAACGGUAUGAUUGGCGAAGUCUACAGAGGGAAAGCGGACAUCGCAGCUGGCCCACUGACCAUCCGGCCUGACCGGGCAAAAGACGUACAGUUCACAAGCGCAUUUAUGCAGGCUGAUUUAGCGGCUCUGAUCCGUCAUCCUAGCUACACCACUGGAGAUGUGCUCAGCUUUUUAUAUCCAUUCUCGCUCUGGGUAUGGAUUUUAAAUGCAGUCGUAUUUAUUAUCGUUAGUAUGAUCAUUUAUGCAAUCAGCUAUUUUGAUCCGUACGAGUGGAGUGCAACUUCGAUGCGCGGUGGCACGUUUUUGGAAAACAAGGACAAUUUUAGUAAGUCAAACACGAUGUGGUUCUUGGCGUCUACGCUGUUUUUUCAGAGUUAUGACACAUCUCCACGAUCAAACGCAGGCCGUGUAAUGGCAGUAUUUUGGUGGGCAUUUGUUAUCAUCAUGAUGUUUCUUUACAUUACAAAUUUACCAUUUUUUCUGCAGUCAACAAAGAGAGUGGCAAAUGUGAGGUCAAUGGAUGAAAUGCUUCGCAAAUACGACGUUCAACCGGGAAUAGUUAAAAGCGAUUCCACAUUCCAUCUCCUAAAGAAGUCCAAAGACCAAACACUCAACCAGUUUUUCAAAGUCAUUACGAAUGCUGAACCAAGCGCUUAUGUAUCUAGUAUGGAAGAAGGCAUUGAACGUGUUCGCAAUAGCAGUAACCGUUUUGCUUUGAUUGGGGAAACCCCUGUCCUUGAUUUUCACGCAUCAAAAGAACCCUGUGAUAUGUACGUAACCGCUGGGAAACUUUACAGGCAAAGUUACGCACUCGCUGUCCGCAAAGACUCGCCAUUAACAGAACCUCUCUCACACGCGAUUGAAGUACUGAUCGAGAACGAGCAGAUACAUCGGUUGGAGUUCAAUUGGUGGCAGCGACAUAACCGCUGCGGUAACAUGACCACGUGGGAGAAACAGGGCAUUUUUUCGUACACUUCUGUCGAUUUUUACGGUAUUUACCUACUUCUUGCACUUAGUAUGAUCGUCAGUUUUGUGACCUUCCUCGUGGAAUCUCUUUGCUGCUGUCCCACCAAAAAGUGCAAAAAGAAGAAUAGUGCCACAUCACGGAGAGGCGAGGUUAGGCAGAGUCGCGGAAUCUAUUCCGUAAAUACAGGCCGUGGAGGACAUAAUGGGGCAAGGGUGGCGAGUGAGCAUCAAAAUGAGCCGCAGCUUACUAAAUCUGGAAGUUUGUCGAAGGAUGAGUGGAUAUAAAACCAAACUGUUUCCAUCUGAUUGUAUGGUCGUUGUAUUUUUCGUCUCAGUCUUGUCUAUUCUGGCUAAAUACGUCUGAAGAGCAACCGAUGGUCAAUUCCCUGGAUUAUCGUUAAAAUGUGAAAGAAGAAUUCCUACGAAAAUGUAAAGGAAUACAAUAUAAACUUUAUAUUAAAAUGUCAGCAAGUGUGUAAUAGUAGGCCUAGGCCUAAGCCUGCGUAUCUCCGCCAGGAAGGUUCCCCAUUUACCUAUGUUUGUCUACAUAUUGGUAUAAGGAAAAGAUUAUUAAAUUUCUGAGUGAAAUGCCAAAAUGCCAAGGUCAGUAGGAAGUCGAGGUUUUAAAAAUAAUUGUGUAUUAAAUCGAUUGUAUGCACUUCAUGUGUAACUCCUCUAGGUAUUCAUCUGCGCAAUUAUAUUUAGCAUGGUUUAUUGGAGAGUGAUGAGAAAAACAAAUUACAAUAGAUACCUGUAACUAUCAUGCUAAAUAAAUAAAAUGAUGGUAUAUGUAAUGUUUAAUAGUCUCAACAAUACUUGAAUGCUGUAAAACAAUAAGUAUAUUGAUUACAAGUAACACAUUUAUUACAGUUCACACUCCACUUCGAGACUGCCAUUGAGACCUAAAAAUGUGGGAUAGUCUAGGGGUUCGGUUUCCAAUUAGAUGGUUUGUGUUAAAAGAUUGUUAUAGUAUUUGAUUUUUUGCAACAGUAGUCUCAAAUUAGAGGGUUUUGGAAUUGGAGGGUUCUCGAAUUGGAGGGUGCAUUUAUUAUUAUUAUUAUUAUUAUUAUUAUUAUUAUUAUUAUUAUUAUUAUUAUUAUUAUUAUUUA